UUCUCAAGCACAGUUUGAUUCUGGUGAUGUGAUGUAGUGAUGUUGUUGUUGGUAUUUUCCACGUGGAUUAUGUGCCAAACAAUAACACAAACAAUGCUCAAUACAUAAAUGAUGGUAAAUUCGACCAAAUGUUGGAAAUGUAGCUCCUUUUUCAUCAUCUUUUGGCAUCUGGCAAGCUAAUAAACGGCUGUGUCACGGGAUAUGCCAGUGUUGCAUAACAACUUGUGGCAACUUUCUUGUCCUCACGUGAAUUGUAUGCAGGUCUCCAAUGAAAGCAUUUGUCAUAUGUUUUCUGGUACUGGAAAGAGCUAUUCUCUUGAUCUUAUCGUAUACUAGCGUAUUCUUGACGCCCUUUCUGUAGGUGUUAUGGAUGCCUUUGGUAACGUGUACCCGACUUUACUGGGAUGUUUUCUUAUUAUACUCAUUGGCUAUGUCUGCGGCCGAGCAAGUUUGAUAUCAGCAAGCCAAGGAAAAGGAGUUGAGCUGUACAUCACCCGUGUCGCCUUACCAGCUUUGCUGUUCAAGUCACUUGUGGAAUUAGACUUUUCUAAAGUGGACUGGAAUUUUUGGUUUGGGAUUCUCGCAGCGAAAGCCAUUUUGUUUGUGAUAGUUGCCUCGCUAACUCUUCUCGUUAGCCAACCAAUGUCAGGGAAUCUUGGAAGAGCAGGGUUGUUUGCGAUUUUCGUCACGCAAUCAAACGACCUAGCACUUGGCUUGCCCCUAUUUGAUGCCAUCUACAAAGAAACACAUCCUGAAUAUGUGCAAUACUUGUACUUGUUGAUUCCAGUGUCAGUAGCUCUCUUGAACCCAAUUGGAUUUUUAAUGCUUGAGUUUCAUAAGAAUGCAAAGGAAAAAGGCAGCAAGCCCCGCAAGUUGAAAAUAAUUUGGACAGCAGUGAAAGGUGUUAUUUCAAAUCCGCUGGUGUUUAUGGUGAUAAUGGGUAUUGUCUUCAAUUUUGUUUUGAAUGGGACAAAGUCUUUUACUGGGUUUGACAGACAGCAUUGGUUUCUUUCUCCAUUCCUCUCGGUUGUGGGAAACUCUUUUGGAGCUACAUCUUUGUUUUAUUUGGGACUCAAUUUGGUUGGCAACAUGAAAAGUUUAAAUGGAUUCACAAUUAUUGUUCCUUUCCUUCUUGUUUUCUGUAAAAGCCUCAUAUUCCCUGUGAUAGCAAGACAGGCUGUAUUCUGGCUGCACAAUAAUUCAUCUGUAAAUGAUACAAGCUUGACAAGUUUUGCAUUCAUUUAUGGGACGCUUCCAACUGCACCACCUGUUGCUGUCUAUUCCUCAAUGUAUGGAAUUCAUGUGGAUACUAUUGGUACAAGCAUGGUACUGGGAACAUUCCUCUCAGCUCCGAUCAUGUUUGUUUCUUCCAAAAUGAUAAUGGUGAUGAGCUCUGAGAGUGAUGAGAUCAGUCGUGGUUUUAAUAAAGCACUUUUUGACACUGGCAUCCUUAGCACUGUUUGCUGCGUCUGGGUGAUGAUUGUUUUAUUCACAACCAAGUAUUACAGGCGGCUUCUGCAUCAAUGCACAUUAACCCUCAUCGGGUUUCAGCUCCUGUUAUCCCUUGCAAUGUCAUUGUCAAUAAACGUAUCUAUUAAAGACGGGUAUCACGUGCUUCUAGCCGUUUUUCUUAUUGGCUUGUUUGGAACUACUGUCUGGACAACCUUGGUGUGCUAUGCGUUGACAGCAGUGAGGUGCCAAGGGGAGAGCGUUGCUUCACGAAAAAAACCAAUUAUCUUUAUCUGCGGCAUUUGCUUUCCUUUAGCCAUCGGCAUCAGUCUAGCAUUUACCAAGGCUGGAUCUGACCUCGAAAUAUCUGGGUUGCAGAACAAUGCUUCUAAAGUGCUCAAUCCCUUUUUAGAAUAUAUCAAUGGAAACAAAGUCUACAAUUGGUUUCAUGGUGUAACGCAAGUGAUUUCUCUUCUUUCUUGUGUGGUUUUUUUAAUCAUCCUGCAGAGGUAUGACAAAUACUGUCGGUGCAGAGAAAUGAGCGGAAGUGACAUGGAGCAAUUAGCCAUCAGCGAAACGGCUGCGGAGGAAGGUUUUAGGAAAUCUUGCAGUCGGUGUCAGACCCUAUGCGAAAAAAUGAAGGAUAUAGAAGAUUAUUCCGAGGGUAGCAGCUGUUGCCAUCAAUAUGACGAAGAACAGACACAAAAAGAACUCUACUCGCAUGAAAGAGAUGAAUCACAAAACCCCGACAGCAGGAAAAGAGUUUUCGCUAAGAAGAAAAUGUAUGGAGCAGUGCCUACCUCUGAUACCGGUGAUAUUCAAUACGAGGCACUGAAGGAUAUCGAAAAGAUCACCUUUGAAGAAUAUCUGCAAGGAGAUCGCCACCAGCUUAGUCGCCACGUCAUUCUCGUUCUAUUUCUGUGUUUCUUCUCAGUUUUGAACGUGUUUCUUUGCUUCGAGCGUUUGAAACAAAACUGCCAGGCGCACAGAGCGGGCAUAUUCUUGGAAAUAGAAUUCCUUGCAGUCACAUGCACAAUUGGUCAGGGUCUCCUGUCCUUUGCUAUUUUCGGUUUCAACAAGAUAUUUUUCAACUUGUUGUCCUUUGAACGUCUCGGCUGUAUACAACCAGGAUGCAUUGCCAAGAAGAUACAACUGGAACCAUUAGAAUAUCUUGACCAAACAGUCAAAGAUAUUUGCUUGAGGUUUCGAGCCCAUCAUCUCGAAAACUGCAGAAAAGAUCUAGUUAGCGACCUCAGGUUUCACUUCCGAUCAUACAAGAACGUAUUUCGUGGCGAUCAAAUGGUUGACUGGAUCAUCGAAUUCGGUCUCGCGAAUACAAGGGCCGAUGCCGUGUACUACGGCAAUUGCUUACUUAAAGGGAGGAUAAUUCAACAUUGCGUUAACGAACAUUAUUUUUAUGAUUUGCCCUAUUUCUAUAAAUUCUGUUAGGUACAAAAAAUACUUUACUCGAUAUUAAUUCGCAUAUUACCACAAGAUGCGAAAAUUUUCUAAUAAAAAGAGAUACAAGUUGAUGCUUUUCUAAAGCGAUAUUUCCAGUAUUUGACAAUGCUGUGUCCAUGUGUUACCUACUUUGCAGUACAUUUAAUGUACUAUAAACCAGUGAAGUAGCCGUAAAUUCAGAGUAGCAGCCAUUCAUUCAGUACUCCGCCAUCGGCUUCUAUGCUCUUCCUUAUCACGUGUGACAAUCACAUGGAUUUUGCCUUCAUUAGUUUCAAUUCAUUAUGAAAUGCAAUAUUUCUCGCUUGUAAAGUAAAUUAAAUUGUAAGUGAAUAAUGGAAGUUUAUUGGAUUUUGUAUGCUUAUUGCGUUAAACGCGUCUGCUUCUGCAGUUUUUUUAGCCGUGGUUAUUCUUCCGGCACCGGAUCUUAUCACAUUUUGGCUAUUCAUACGGUAGGCAAGUAUUUGCGCACGAAACACACAUAAAAGGCCCUGGAAUAAUAGCCUGAUAACUAGCCCAUUUACGUUGUUCACAGUGAUUUCUAUGUAGCCCAUUUGCUUGAAUUUUUCAGAUUUCAAAAAAGCGCACACAGAGCAAGCUCUGCCAUAAACUCAAGUGGCAACCCGACACGAUUGUGGUGAUCCCCACCCCCACUUUGGAAAAAUUCAUAGUUUCUAUUUGAUUUUUCAAUCAUCUAAGGUUGCUUUUUGGCAAAUUUUCAUAUUUGUAGGCAAAUAAUGGAUGGUACACCAACUUUGUCGGCAAGUUGGAUCGGCCCUGUGGUUCACGAAAUCGAUUAAGCAAUAUUUCUAGUUUCAGAUAUCGUUAGCAACGAUAAAUCACACAGGCAGCCAACAUUUACUUCGUUUGUAUGAGCCUUGCAGCACCGGCCUAACAUCGCUUACAAGGUCUGUCAACGAAUCUCGAAUGAAAUUUUUCAAGACAAAAUUAUUGGGUGUGCGCAGGCGUCAGACUGUUGUCGUGCGCAAGUAGUUGAUGCGCAUGCAUGCCGGAUGAAUAGCUGAAAUGUAAUGAGUUCCGGUGCAGGAACAAUAACCACGGCAUUUUAAAUUAUCUUCUAAGUAGCGUUGUCUAUUGAAGAUCAGGACACAUUAAAGCAUUAAGAAAGGACACAUCAAAGCAUUAAUAACCAUAUGAAAUUAAGCACCCCUUCCACCACAUUUACAAUUAAAGCAUAUCACAAGUCUUCAAACAAGUUAUUCAUCUACACGCCUGGUCUUUUGUCGCCACAAUUAAUUUUUGAAGUUAAUUUUUUAGCUCAAAACUGCCAAUAUUCAAAUAUCAACGCAGGGUAAUAGCGAGGCCCCUACGUAAACAAUCACUUUAGAAAACUUUAAAGGCACUAUGUCCCAUCAAUCAACCUUUUAUAAAUAGAGGUAUGUUUAUAAUAGAGUAAUUAUGUGGAAAAUUUUUGUCCGAAAUCUUUUUCAAUUUUUUGCUGUGAAUGAGCAAUAUUGAUAAAAGUUUAAAACGUCGUAGGUCUUGGCAUGGCCAUGUAGCAUUUCAAGGGGAAGCGUAAACAUCAAUGUAAUAAUUAUUUCCCUGUUAUCAGUUUCACGGUCUUCCUUGUACAAAAGACCACGAUAUAUGUAUUUUCGUACCUAUUGUUGUUUUUGAAACACGUUAAAUUGUCACUGCUAUGUUUAUUUUGUGGGCAGCCUAAUUUUAUUUUGUGGGCAUGUAAUUAGUAUAAAAAUAACUUGCCUUGGGUGAGUUGAAUUUGCAUUGUUUAACUGUGUAUUUUUUCAUAAAUUUUCGCAGUCUAACCAUGAGAGUUAAUAUCAAAUAUUUGUUGCUCGAUCUUUUGUGAAUAGGAACUGAUUGAUAUGUUGAAUAUCGCCACAAUUAAGCUGGUGAACAUCGAUUGAUGUUUUUAAAAACAUCAGCAGAUAUGUUCAUUGA